UUUUGUCAUUCGCAAGUGGAUGACCAAAGUGUCCACCUCGCAAGUGACCAGUUCCCGUAAUUGAAUAAUCCAUCGUAACCUCCUCGCCCAAAUGUCUCGAUAAAAAUUGGGCAAUUGUUGCCCGAAAAAAUCGGACUGUGAACUCAUUCGGUCUGGGUACUCCCCAAAAAAAAAAACCAUGAAGUGCUCCGAAACCGGUUGAGUGCCUAUCACUUUUGGGGUGGGGCGAGUGAGCACACAAGCUGCUCUGAGAAUCCAUGCACUAAACUCGUUAUUGGACUCAUCGUGCCGAUUGUGACGCAUGUGUCUCCGUGUUUUUCCCCGCUGCUUUAUUAUUUCUAACGUCCUCCUCCCUUAUUUUAUCUUAUUCAUGGAACUUGUGAGUGAUGCGCAGUGCCUAGUGAAAUAAACUCAUUCACACUGUCACAUUGGAAUUAAACUGUCAGGAUGACGUCUACGUCUCCGGAGAUGACCCUCAUGCAGUAUCUGUUCGAUCGGGACGACCCGAUGCUCAAGGAAAACAUCAAGGACGAUGUACUAAUGAAGGAAAGCUGCGUUAAUGAGACUAUCGCGGCCGAAGAAUGGAUGACAUCAAACACAGACGAUCUGUUCGGCUCGAUCUUCAACAUGGACGACCAAUUCAACCUGAUCGACAAUGAUCUUGAGACAAUACCGUCGUCAUCCUCGGACAGUGGCCUCUCCAGCGCUCUCAGUCUCUCCUGCGAGCAGCAGUUGAGCCCCCUGUUACCUAUCGAUGAUGAUCAGGUUGAAAUUGGCAAUGACAGCAUCAGCAGUCCCCCAAAUUACACAGAAUUCGACUCUCUCGGGAGUCCGAACGACUCCAUGGGUAGCAUCGACAGCCCCGUCAGGUCCGUCAUGAGUUCCAAUUUGGGCUCACCGGGCACUGACAUCAAUGAAGAAAUGGAAUUCGAGCCGAUGCUAACGGUCGUUGAUUCCGGCGCUGUGGAGAACCCGGAAAUGACCAUGCCGGUUAUAAAACAGGAACCCAUGGCUGACUUGGAUGCUCCACUUACACAACAAAUGAUAAAACAAGAGCCAACAGUUACUAUUCGCAAUGCUGGAAACGGCAAAAGAAAUAUCCGACAAUUGAUUCGUGUAACGCCGUCUGGUGCUGGUAAUCAUCCACGGUCUAUCCUCCUACCAGUUAGUCUCAAAGAUAUGAAAGAAGUACGUGCGAUUAAGAUUAUCAAUGCAACGCAGGCCAGGAAUCUGAAGAAUUUUAAAAUCAGUCAUAUCAAUCAGGGGAAUGUUAUCAGCAAAGCUAUUCCUAUGAACGUGAAGCAAGAAGACACAAGCCUCGACAAAAGUGUGACUUCAGACGACGAGACAUGCGAGCCAGGCUCCGGAUAUCCUCCCUUAAAACUCAACGCCGAGGAGAAACGUCUCCUCCAAAAGGAGGGAAUAACCCUGCCAACGCAUUACCCACUGACAAAGCCAGAGGAACGCGAGUUGAAGAGAAUUCGUCGUAAAAUUCGCAACAAGAUCUCCGCGCAGGACUCGCGCAAACGGAAAAAGGAGUACGUUGAUGGGCUUGAGGAUCGUGUUAAGCAGUGCACAGAGGAGAAUAUGACUCUUCUCAAGCGUAUAAAGGCACUGCAGACACAGAAUCAGAGCCUAGCGGGCCAACUCAAGCGAUUGCAGGCGCUCAUUCAAAAGGGUAACAAAAGUGCUCAACCGGCAACCUGCCUCAUGGUACUGCUACUGUCAUUGGCUCUCGUUGCUGUUCCAAAUCUUCGGCCACAUUCUAGUAACAACACCAGCGAGCUGGCGAGGGAACAGGAGCAACCUGAGAAAAUGCCACCACUCGCCGGUCGCUCAAGAAGCCUUCUCUUCACAAAACAACUGAUGGACGAAGAGCUACAACAGUACGGCGAACUACUAGAAGAAGUUGAGGGUCUACUAGACCACGAUUACAGCCCUGUUGUGCAAGUUCCGCUCUACAAACGACCGCGCUACGACGACGAUCAGCCUAGCAAGUACACAACUAGCAUGAGUCACGUGGGCGGAACGCUCAAUCAAAAAACCGAAUUUUCGGACAGUAAAUUGAGUAAGAAGUACAUUGAACCACCGCUGGAUGACGUAUGGCCACCACCAAAGCCCGGGGUAGAGCCAGGCGCUCGAGUUGUGGAUAAACUCGAGGCGUUGACGAAUGAAUUGAAGAUCAAUAUAUCAGACGCUGAAGGCACCAGAACUGUUCUUCUGAAGGUACCUCAGGAGCAGUGAGAGUCAAAAUUCAUUAUUUUUUGUUUCAUCCUCACAAUUACUUACUUUUUCGGAGCAUAAAAUAAUUUUUACGUAGGUACUAUUUACGGUUUAAGGGGAAUCGCACUGAAAUUUCAAAUUCGCAGGUGACUUUAUCUAUCGGGCUGAUGCGUUUACUAAUUUUUUUGGGUUUUUAUGCGAAAAAUAUGCAAACAUUAGGUUUUGAUUUCUUUUUCAUUGAUAGAAUCUUCAAAACUAUCCUCACGACGCAAUUCUCUGAAUUUAUUGUUGGAUUUAAUUAAAUAGUAAUUCAGGAUCAAUCGAAGAGGCGCAUUUAUUGAACGUUCUUCAGAAUCAAUCAUGGUACAAUGAUGAAUCACACAUGAAGUUAUUCCCUGACAUUAGAGAAUGACAAUCAACUUUCUUUUAUUUUACAAAAGAGGGGAAGAUGGUAGACUAAAUCAUUCGAGUCGGUAAAAAUACGCAUAAUAUUCUGUUGGGUAAAUGUAUCUAUGCUCGUUCAGAUGUCGCCAAUCAUCACAUUUUAAUCAUUUUGACAGUCCCAAGAGUCUAUCAAGAGUGAAGUACGGUUGGUGUUAUUAUUUUAGUUAAUAAGAAAAUUUGUCAACACUAAUGAACAGUGAUUCAUUGAAUAAUCAGGGAGAAAAAUCCCAUUCACAUCAAGUGGUGCUAUGACAGAGUGAAUUCUUAAAACAUAAGUUAAGAAGCUCACAAUUUUAAAAUGUUGAUAUCUCCAUGAUAAUAGUAAAAUGGGAUUAAACAUCACGAGACGAGGAUUGGGACAUGUGUUAAACGUGCAUGGAGACAAAUGAGCAAGCGUAGAAACAUGGGAUUUUCCACGUUUAUGGAUUAUUUAUUAAAAGAUAGUAAUUAUCAUGAUUAAUAUGAGUGAAUUCUAAAUCUGAAGUUUCUACUUUUUGAUACCUCGUUUAAAACAUCACACCUUUUCAUCAUUUUCAAGUGAAACUAAAUAUUCACUGCCAAAUUCCGUGAAUAUUCUCAAAAUUUUCCUGAUUUUUCA